CGAAGUCAGUUUGGUGGAGUUGAUAUCAAUAAGCAGAUAAUGACAGAUAGUGCUCAUCCAGUGAUAAAACAACGCUGCAACUAAUUGUUUUUCUUUCUCGGAUGUAUUCUGUGACAGAAAAUCGAAGUAGUUCCGAAUUUUUUUAUUGACGAAUGUAUGCAGUGUCGCCCACCUGACGAAAAUCUUGAGCAGUGGCCAAUCGCUCACCUGUCACAGCGGAAACUGACAAGAACGAUCAAAAGGAAAAUGUGGAACCCCGAGGAUACUCACAAAGUCACGGAAGCAAUAUAUAAGAAUAUCACCAGCAAUUUCAAUAAUGGAGUGCGUCAGAUAUUGACAGCUGGAAAAGCCUACCACAAGGCUCUUGUUGGAAUGACAUCAUCAGCCCACUCAUUUAUUGAGGCAAUCGGCAAAGUGGGCUACACCUGUCAGGUGAAUGGCCAAGGAGGAACAGAUGAAAUAGGUGGUGCCAUCCUGAAGCUGGCAGACAUACAGAAGGAGAUGUAUGCCAAGGUGGAAGAAUGUACAAAGGCACUGUUUUCUGAAGUGAUCUUGCCACUGGAACAUAGACUGGAGAAUGACUUCAAGCAUGCCUAUGCUGAGCACAAGAAGUACCAACAUGGACACAAGGGUUACAUCAGCCCAUACAUAAAGGCACAGGAAGCUCUCAAGAAGUUCAGGAAGAAAAGCAAGUCCAAGUUUACCUUUGACGACUCCAAGGAAGCACAGUAUAUGCGAGCUGUUGCCAAAUGCCAAGAGAAACUGACUGAGUUCAGAACACAAGGCCUGAAACUUGCCCUCCUGGAGGAACGCAAGUGUUACUGCUACCUGCUGGAGAGACUGACUGCCCUUGCCUCUGUACAGACCUCCUACACCAAGAAGGGUUAUGAGAUGUUGGCAUCAGAAAUACCACAUUGGAAACAGUUGUGUUCACAGCCUCAUAUUCUGCCACGGUCAGCAGAUCCGCUCGUCAACAGACGGUGUGAGGCCAUGGAAAACUCCCAGAAGCACCAGAACGGCAUGGUGUACCCCGGAGACAGCCACUACGGCAGCCCGUACCACCGGCCUGCCUCCUCCGCCGAGUACAUGAGACAGAAGUCUGCACCGUCCGAGUAUGCUGUGCCUGCCGCCAUGCCUGUAGAGAGCAAGACAUUACCUCGCGGCCUCCCGUCGAUGACCCAGGGUUCCCCUGCCAAGUCCAAUGUACAGGCGAUCUAUGCCCACACCGGCCGCGGAGAGGACCAGUUGAGCUUCACUGAUGGGGAUGUGCUCACCCUCAUUGGGGAGAAGUCGGACGGAUGGCAGUAUGGCCUUAAUGCUCACACUGGAAAAUUUGGCUGGUUCCCCCUGUCUUUUACUGACGCUGUCGGAGGCAGUCGACACACCGACCACGCUCAACUCCUCCACCGAGCAAAGAGUAUUGGCGACCUGCUGGACUCCCGGUCCCAGAUCUCGGACAUCAGCAUCAGCUACGAAGUGGACAUGCCCGGUCGCAGCCGGCGUCCCCGGUCACUGUACGAGAGUUCCAUGGUCCGACACAUCACACCUACAUCCCAGCCCUCUAUGCCCAUCAUGACCUCUAUGUCUCCAUGGUCGAGUCACCUGUACCACACAACCAGUGGUGACUUUGCCCCUCAUAUGAUGUCCUAUGGGGGGAUGGGGUCAGACACAUCAUCUGCUCGAGCUAGUUCCGGCUUUCAUACCCUUCCUCGACCUUCACCCCAGGUUGACAUGGGUUCCCAGGAGCUGUACCAGACCCUGCCUGACCCCUACUAUGACCCCAAGAUUCUGACAAGUCAGGGUGAGGUCCACACACUGCCCCGUCAGCAUGACCAUCACUACCAGACAGGGCUCCAUCAGCAGCUACCACAGGCUCCACAGGCUCCACAGGCUCCUCCACCACCGCCGCCACCGGUCACAAACCAGCACCAACAGUGGUCUGGGAAUGCCUCCCCGUUCCCACCACCUCCACCACCAACUGACUACAUCGAAGAGGAAGAACAACUACGCAACAGGAACCCUAUGUUUGCGAAUGUGGCUUUGCGUAAAACACUUACCAACGAUCGAUCUGCACCACGCCUGAAAUGAUCAGUCAUCUUUGCGACUUCAUUUCAAUCUGACGUCCUGACAAUCCUUGCUUACAUAAACAUCCAAACAUCGAAACUACAACACAUAGCAUUUUAGUGCAAAUCCGAGAUAGAGAUGUAUCUUUUGAAUAGUGAAUAUUCAAUCAGAACAAAAAUAUUACCUUCAGUCAACUUGUGUCAAUAUUUUUGUACAUUAAGCACACAAGCUUACAAGUGUUCCUCCAUGUUAAGGUACAUUUACAGUCUGUGACUUGUGUCACAAGUCCUAAGUCUUGUAAAGUCUAGGUUGGUCUUGUUAACGUCGCUUGUGACUACCUGUAUAUGCACCCUCAUCCACUAAACAAGAUGCUGGACAAGGUGGCCAAGUUGAUGUAAACAUUUCUCCACCUGCCCAUAUUGGGUUACAAUAUGACUACAAUUUUCAAGUGUGCCUAUUGAUCAUGUGUGAUGUGAUCCAGAUGACAGACAUGUCUUAGAUGCCAAUAAAUUCCUUGAAAUCCUGAUAGAUAUAACAAUUCAUAUUCGGGCAAUGUCACUUCUCUGCGUGGCAUUUAGAAACUGUUGUGCAGAACAAGGGAGAUAGUUCUGUGGAUAUACAUGCUAUGAAUUGUGAUAAAGAAGUUCAGGCAACAUCUUAUGAAUCUGACGAUGGCAUGUACAAUGGGUUUUGGGGUAAUGUGUAAAUAAUGCUAGUCAUAUGAGAAUUUUGUUUUGUUAUAAGGCAGACAUUAAUCUAUCCUGUAUAGGAUGUUUUGCUUAUGUGUAAAUAAUGUUAACCUUAUCUCUGUGUUGGUCUGUAUAAAGGAUUUUGAGGUACCAGUAGUUCAUUUUGUGUUUUCCUAACAGACAUACUUUUUAGACUGUGUGGCAUUAUCUUUAUAUAUCAAGUUGGAAACUGGAAAAGUAAAGAUUUUGUGACUGCCAUUGUGCUCAGCUCUUUCAAAUCCAACCCAAGAGAACUUGGAAAGUUGCAGAAUCAAAACAUAAGUCCUCAUAUUUGGAAACAAUUUGUUUAGGCGCCGAACUGUUUUACAGAUUUGUGGGAUUACUAUUCAUGUACAUUAUGGCAGAGUUGUUAAAGUGUUAUGUUCUGAAUGGAAAUUCUGUUAGGAAAACAGUAUGUUACAGUCUAUAGCACAGUGUUACGAUGAGUCAAAAUCAAAAUCUUCUAUAGUGAGCUGUACAGAUACUGUUCAUGCAGCUAAUGUGUAAAGAGCUUAAAAUCAAAGACUUAUGUAUCACAAUUGCCAAAGAUCAUACCAGUUGUAUGAGAGAUUUACGUGUCACAAUUGCCAAAGACCACAUCAGUUCUAUCUUAUUGUAACUAGAUGUGCCUGAGAUCCAAGACGUAUCUCUUGCCAAAGAUCACAUAAGAUUUAUCAGAAGACUUGUGUAUCACAAUUGCUAAAGAUGAUAUCAGUUCUAUCAAAGAUUCACGUGUCACAAUUGCCAAAGACCACAUCAGUUCUGUCUUAUUGUAACUAGAUGUGACUUAGAUCAAAGUCAUGUAUUUCUCUUGCCAAAGAUCACAUGAGAUCUGCUAUGUUGUAACUACUUGACAUGUAUUUGUAUUGCUGUACAUAUUCUACUUUGAAAUAUGAAUGUCACGUUUCUCAAGUGGUCUAUACACACGAUACUUUACAGGUGAUAUGAUACAUGCCCACAUUCUCAUUGGUUACUUUACUAUUUAUUUGUGAUUGAUUUUACAGCACUGGCCAUUGAAUAAGAUGGUUUUUAGGUUUUACCAAAUACAAACAUUCAGAGACCAAUGAAUGUCUGAAUCUUCUUUGAAUGUUUAUGAGAGAAGGUCACCUAAGAAGUCAUUGAUAUUGGCAUCUGCAUAGCAGAUUAGUUUUACCAGAGGUGUAUAAUUUUAAGGAAAA